CAUGCUUUUUAAGAUGGGUCCAAUUAAGGAAGUGAAACCAACAGCUACCAGCAUGUGUUGUCCAAUGGGUCAAGGAAGUGCAUGUACCAAUGGUGAACUGUCCCUCUCCAUGUACAUGGUGCUUGGUGGGAAACAACUUGGUUUUUAUUUGAUGGUCAGGUGCAUCUGCAGUAUGUUGGAGUAAUAAUGACAUCAGCUUUGUGCUCAAAUUCAUAUCAUUUUUUUGCAAGAGUGUUGCAUUGCUUAGACUGGUGAGAAGGUUUUAAAGAUGAUUCUCAAGUAACUAGACUAUGGCAGAACUACCUGCACCGACGGAGCUGCUGGUGCAGGUGCAGAAGGAUCCCAACCGGGAGGGUGAGACAGUGAUCCAGGUGGUACGGCAUGCAGAGGGACCACGGCCCACUGACGACGAGGACGACACGGGCGGGGAGGAGCCCGUCGCCCGCGAGCCGACUGAGAGCUCCAAGAAGAUCUACCUGCAGCGCUACCGCUCUGCCUGGGAGGAGGUGCCCGCAUUCCGCGACUGGCUGAUGCCCGUACCCGACGACCCGUUCUCCGCGGCCUGCGCCUCCUGCGAGUGCUCGAUGAAGGCCCACCGCCAGCUGCUGAUCGAGCACUGCAAGAGCAAAAAGCACCAGCGCCAACUGGGCCACCGCAAUCCGCUGUACACGCCCGGGCCGGCGGCACGGCGCGGCAAGAAGCGCGCGCCCGCCUCGUCGCCCACGCCCUACCGGCGGAUUAUGAAGCAGCUGAAGCCGGAGCGCGAUGAGCUCGAGGUAUCCUACAACGACUCGAGCCGCGUCACGUACGCCAUCGGACUGGGCGCACAGCGCGUCGGCUUCAUCGGCUCGGGGAGCGUGGCGCGCGCUAUCGCCAAGGGCAUGCUGGACAAGGGCCUGGUCGUACCAGCCAAGGUGAUGGUGAGUGCGCCCAGCGACCGCAACUUCGAGACCUGGAAGAAAUGGGGCUGCCGCACCACGAUCAGCAACGACAGCGUGAUCCGCACGUGCGAGAUUGUGUUCCUGGCAGUGAAGGCGUCGGUGCUGGAGCCGCUGGUGGCGGAGCUGGGUGUGAUUGGUGAGGACAAGUCGCGCUGCUUCAUCUCGCUGGUGUCGGGCGUGAGCCGCGAGCGCGUGGCCGCGCUGCUGGCCGGCCGGCGUGAGCUGCAGACCGAAAUGGCAGAGCUACACGUGGUGCGCUGCCAGCCGAGCACGCCGCUCAUGAUCGGCGAGGGCUGCUGCUCGUACUCGGCCGCCGCCGACCUGCCGCACCACUGGCUGCUCGCCGUCGAGACCAUCUUCUCGGCGCUUGGCAUGUGCUAUAAGGUGGAGGAGGGCCUGAUGGACGCGCUCGCCGGCGCCUUUAGCAGCGGGCCCGCCUUCGCAUACUCGUUCGUCGAGGCGCUGGCGGCCGGCGCCGUCAAUAUGGGCGUACCGUGGCACCUGGCGCGCCCCAUGGCCGCGCAGACGGUACUGGGUGCGGCACGCAUGCUCAUGGAGACCGGCUGUACGGCGUCCGAGCUGCGCGACGAGGCCUCGCCGCCCGGCGGCACCACCUCGGCCGGCCUCAUGACGCUGGAGAAGGAGGGGCUCAAGUACGCCGUGAUGGCGGCCGUGCGCGCCGCCACCGAGCGCUCUCGCCAACUCGGCCGCGACGAGGGCCUUGCCGGCGACCCGCUGCAGUGAGCCGGUCGCGCGCGCCGCCCGGUCCGCCCCCGCGGGCAGCAGUGUCAUGGACGAUGUACGCACCGGAUGUGGAGGGCUGUAACUCACAGCAAGGCGUGAUACAUUAAAGGCGGUGCACCGGCGGAAAAGUGGGGUCCCGGUUGUGUGUUCGUGUGCGUAGAGUGUUGUGUGCGGGAUAAGCAUUCAAGGUCAGUCGUGCUGCCAUUGUUGUUUCGUGUUGCUGUCUUCGCUCAGCUUCAUGGCAGAAAUCCGCGGGUGUCCUAUGCGUUUGGUACGCGUUUGGAUGUCGGUCGUGUGUGGUGCUGUCGUUUCUUCACCCAUUUUGUCGAUGUAAGGGCUGGGAUGCUGCCCGUGUCUGCAAUGCAAUAGGAUCGCAUCGACCCA